AUGUGGCGGCCACAGGCUUGUUUCAUGUUUUAUCUUCGCGCCAUUGUGCAGAAAAUAGAUUCGCAUUCAGCGUUCAUUGCAUAUGUACGCCCUCUAAUUAUCCAUGUGCUGUAG